ACACUAUGUACGCGUUUCGAUGUGACUGCUCCAAAUUCGCGUUGUUCCACAAAAGCAGUCAUUUUUCAACGCGUCUUGUUACAAAUAGUUUUUAAUUAAGUUCAACGUAGGAUUUUUUCAGCAGACAACCAAGGCAAAUGCGAGAACUCUAGGAUAGCCAAAAAUUAAUUUUGCACGCGUAGCGAAAGCGGUUCCCAGUCGCCAUGGACGUGUCCCAGCCACCGCCGCAGCUGCUGACGGCGCCAUCAGCGCUAGCCACCAACUUUACAUCGCUGCCGCCGCCAUCGAUGGGCGGCCAGCAUUACAGGCACUACCAUCCGCAUCAUGGCUCCAACAAACACGGGUACAACCAGUUCAAGCCUUUCAUGCCGGGCGGCUUCCAGAGACCGUUCGGCAUGUCCCAAGACGACUUUGAUGGCAAGCGGCUGCGAAAGAGUGUGAUGCGAAAGACUGUGGACUACAAUGCGUCUAUUAUCAAGGCGCUGGAGAAUCGACUGUGGCAACGUGAUCAUCGGGAUCGAUUGGCUUUGCAGCCGGACAGUAUCUACGUGCCGCAUAUGCUGCCACCAUCCAGUUACCUGGAUAAUCCCUCAAAUGCGGUGACGACAAGAUUUGUGAAAACGGCCACCAACAAAAUGCGCUGUCCCAUUUUUACGCUGGCCUGGACACCGGAAGGCAGACGUCUGGUUACCGGGGCUAGCUCGGGCGAAUUUACGCUAUGGAACGGGCUGACCUUCAAUUUUGAGACCAUUCUGCAGGCCCACGACAUUUCGGUGCGGACCAUGGUGUGGUCACACAACGACAGCUGGAUGGUGACCGGGGAUCACGGCGGCUAUGUUAAGUACUGGCAAUCCAACAUGAACAACGUGAAGAUGUACCAGGCGCACAAGGAGGCGAUUAGGGGAAUAAGUUUUAGUCCGACGGACAGCAAAUUCGUCAGCGGCAGCGACGACGGAACCCUAAGGAUCUGGGACUUUAUGCGCUGCCAGGAGGAGCGAGUGCUGCGGGGACACGGAGCAGACGUAAAGUGUGUGCACUGGCAUCCGCACAAGGGAAUGAUCGUGAGCGGCAGCAAGGAUAACCAGCAGCCCAUCAAGAUCUGGGAUCCCAAAAGCGGCAUUGCCUUGGCUACACUGCAUGCCCACAAAUCUACUGUGAUGGAUCUGAAAUGGAAUGACAACGGCAACUGGUUGGUCACCGCCUCCAGAGACCAUUUACUGAAGCUCUUCGAUAUCCGCAAUCUGCGGGAAGAGGUUCAGGUGUUUAGGGGCCACAAAAAGGAGGCCAGCUCAGUGUCGUGGCAUCCCAUACACGAGGGUCUCUUUUGCUCCGGCGGCUCUGAUGGUUCUAUUCUGUUCUGGAACGUUGGAACGGAUAAGGAGAUUGGCUGCGUGGAAACUGCGCAUGACAGCAUUGUAUGGACUUUGGCCUGGCAUCCGCUGGGUCACAUACUUUGCUCGGGCUCCAACGAUCACACCAUCAAGUUCUGGACGAGAAACCGGCCGGGAGAUCUGAUGAGGGACAAAUACAAUCUGAACACGUUGCCCGCCAGUUUGGCUGCGCUGGACGAGUGUGAAUACGAUGACGCCGUUAUCCCCGGCAUGGGACCCGAGGACAGGGUCGAGUUCACCGAAAGCUUGACCGCUGACAAGGGCUUCAUUCCCGGCCUGGAUUUGGAUCCGAGUCGAGCCUUGAGCGAUCGUGAUCGAGAGAAGAAGGUGCCCUACAGCAAGCCCAUUCCACGCAACUUCCAGGUGAACUGGGCGGGUCCCCGGCGAGCGGACGACCCCAGCGUGCUUAGCAUCCACGAGGAGCUGGCCGCCCGCGAGGCCAAGGACUCGACGAGUGGUCUGAACCACCAGCAGAUUAGCGAGAACACAAUGGAGGGCAUCGUGGCCAGUGGCAUGCUUAAUGGCCUGGAUCCGCAGACAAUAGUCGGCGUCUUAGUCUAUAAUCGUUUCAUACGCGUCCAUCCAGACUCUCGACUGAUGGCAGCUAUACGCCAGGGCGCAGAGUUCCUCAACAAGUAUAUAGAUGCCGGCAAGCUGGAGGAGCUGAACGAUGUGGUGCCAGUGCCGGAUCGGUCCCGAUCCGUUUCCCCAACGGUGGAGGCCCGUGGUGAUGGCAUUUCCCCGCCUGCCAAGAAAUCGCGAUUUGAGCCACGACAGCACAAUGCCCAAUUGGUCAGUGUCCGGGAGAUGCUGCUGCUUAAGAAACCCUUCGUGUCCUCGUUGGUAGCUCUCAAGGCUCAGCAGCCCAACACAGAGUUUGUGGAUGAGCAGGUGCCGCCGGAGCAAAGGGAGCGGGAGAGGGAAAGGGAACGGGAGAGAGAGCACGACAGAACGGAGUCACGGGACCGCGACAGAGAACAGCCUGGGGGUGGCAGACCCAAUCCUUGGGCUUCCAAUGCGCCCUGGCCAAAUAAUGGCAAUGGCUCUAAUGGCUUUAACAACAAUAACUCGGAUAACUUCAACGAUCGGGAUCGGGAAUUCCAGAAGGGUGGAAAUAAUGGUGGCCAGCGUCGACGGCGUGGCAAUAAUAAUUCCGCUUCCGCUUCCGCUUCUGGUGGAGGCGGAGGUGGAGGAGGCGGCGUUGGCAUUGGCGGCAGGAAUCGAGGGCGUAACAACAACAGGCGAUACUGAUUCAUAUGGCAUCUUCUAACACUUCCUGUCCCCGCCGAUCACCUGUCUUUCGAAAUGCAUAAAAGGAUUUAUAUCAAAAUCUAAGAAAACCCGAUCGUAAAUAGUAAACAAAAAGAUUGUAUAAUUUUGCUUAAGAAAUAUUUUCUUUUAAGAAAAAACUUAUAGAAAUCUGAAA